AUGGCCAUGCCGCCGCCCAACGACUCGGAGGCGCCAUGCACGCAGCGGCUGCCCGCGGAGGACGAGCUGCAGCCGCCGCCGGCUGCAUGCUGCGACGCCGCCGCUUCGGACGACGAUCGGGCGCCGGCGGCAGGGACGUCGUCUUCCGAGCCCGACCACCAGGCGGCGGCGCCAGCGGUGGUUCCCGCUGAGGCGGGGGCGGAGAAGAAGAGCAGCGUGGCGGCGGAGGAAGUAGCAGCGGCGGCGGGAAGCGGCGGCGGCGGCGGGGAGCUGGUGGCGCGGCGGCCGGCGGCGGCGGCGGCGGGGGCGGAGGAGAGCGCGCGGGAGCGGCUGAAGCGGCACCGCACCGAAAUGGCGGGGCGGGUGCGGAUCCCGGAGAUGUGGGGCCAGGAGCGGCUGCUCAAGGACUGGGUCGACUGCGCCGUCUUCGACCGCCCGCUCGCCGCCACCACGGGCCUGCUCACCGCCCGCGACGCGCUCGUCGCCGAGUGCGCCACCGCGCGCCGGCCGGGGACGGCGGUCUCGCACGGUUCCACGGGGCGCCCGCUCCGAGUGCACAACGGCUGCUCGUGA